UCUUUAAUUUUUUCUUUAUACACAGGGUCUCACCACAUAGUCCAGGCUGCCCUUAAACUCACUACAUAGCCCAGGCUAUAUGACGAAUUUCUGCCUCCCUGUGCUCCUGCCUCCUGCCUCCCUGGGCUGGGACUACAGGCGUGCGCCACCAUACCCAGCUUUGCCUGUGUUCCUUCACCGUGGAUGUCGUCAAUCAUGCGUUCUUCUUGGAAAGCAAAGGUUUCUCCCAGACCCAGCCCAGCAUCUUACUCACUUCCCAGAAGGAGAAAAGGAAAUCCUAACAAGGCGCAAAGUGGGACCCAAAAGUCCCCUGAGCUCCCUCUGUCUCAGUGAGUAGUUUCAAGUGGAGACAAGGUGCGGGUCCUCUGAGAAGCUCCUGUACAGAGCUGGUGAAUUAAGCUUCCUCUCCUGGAAGAGGAAUGGGGCGAUGCCUCGCCACCCCACACUCCUUUCUAGGUCCUGCCCUCCUGCAGUGCAGGGGCAGCCACUGUGCAGUUCCCUCCUAUAACAAAGGAGAUGCCAUGUCCACAACAAGGGCUGGGACUGCCCAGGGGCCCAGGAGCUGAGCCGAGUCUCCCCGCCUGUCACCUGCCCUCCAACCACACCCACGCGGUCCUGCUUUCCCCACUUCCCCAGGGGCUGUCAGGGACAGCGGCCCCUCCCUCAUCCCCCCAAGGUUCCUCUGCUCCCUCCUCCCCAUCUCUAGGGUGUCCAGGACAUUGUGUGACUCAGGAAACAGCUCAGACGUGAGGCCGUAGCAGGCUGAGGAAGAGGAAAAAGGGGCAGUGGGAGCAGAGGAGGUGGCCCUGCCUCGGGGAGCUCUGAGGGUCCCUUCCUGAAGAGGGAGAGGGGACCUGGGCUGGGGCGGGGGCUCUGGAAUGCAGACCCCUUCCCUGCUGCUGCUGCUGCUGCUGCUGCUGCUCCUGCCACUGCCGGGUUUCCCACUUGCCAUGGCCAGAGGGCUGCUGUGCGGGAGCGCCCCAGAACCCUGCGCCAACGGAGGCACCUGCCUGGGCCUGCCUCAGGGGCCCGGGGCCUGCCGGUGCGCCCCCGGCUUCCUGGGCGAGACGUGCCAGCUUCCUGACCCCUGCCGGGAUGCCCAGCUCUGCCAGAACGGGGGCAGCUGCCGCGCCCUGCUUCCCACACCCCCAAGCUCCCCCAGCGCCCCCUCGCCACCGACCCCCAGCUUCUUCUGCACCUGCCCCUCUGGCUUCACUGGCGAGAGGUGCCAGACCCAGCUCGAAGACCCCUGCCCUCCCUUCUUCUGCUCCAAGAAGGGCCGCUGCCACCUGCAGGCCCCCGGCCGCCCCCAGUGCUCCUGCACGCCUGGGUGGACAGGCGAGCAGUGCCAGCUCCGGGACUUCUGCUCAGCCAACCCCUGCGCCAACGGAGGCGUGUGCCUGACCACCUACCCCCAGAUCCAGUGCCGCUGCCCACCGGGCUUCGAGGGUCACACCUGUGAGCGCGAUGUCAACGAGUGCUUCCUGGACCCCGGCCCCUGCCCGGAAGGCACCUCCUGCCAUAACAUCCUGGGCUCCUUCCGGUGUCUCUGCCCGGCAGGCCAGGAGGGUUCACACUGUGCGCUGCAGAAAGGACCCUGCCCCGCUGGGGGCUGUCCGAACGGGGGCACCUGCCAGCUGGUGCCGGGGGGAGACGCCAGCUCUCACCUGUGCCUCUGCCCCCCAGGUUUUACCGGCCUGGACUGUGAGGUGAAUCCAGACGACUGUGUCAAGCACCACUGCCAGAAUGGGGGCACUUGCCAGGAUGGGCUGGGCGUCUACACCUGCCUCUGCCCCGACGCCUGGACAGGCUGGGACUGCUCCCAAGAUGUGGAUGAAUGCGAGGCCCAGGGCGCCCCUCGCUGCAGAAACGGGGGUACCUGCCAGAACUCGGCCGGUGGCUUUCACUGCGUGUGUGUGAGCGGCUGGGGCGGCGCAGGCUGUGAAGAGAACCUGGACGACUGUGUUGAUGCCACCUGCGCCCCAGGAGCCACCUGCAUUGACCGUGUGGGCUCCUUCUCCUGCCUCUGCCCACCUGGGCGCACAGGCCUCCUGUGCCACCUGGAGGACAUGUGUCUGAGCCAGCCGUGCCACAGGGAAGCCCAGUGCAGCACCAACCCCCUGACGGGCUCCACGCUGUGCCUGUGCCAGCCCGGCUACUCGGGGCCCACCUGCCACCAGGACCUGGACGAGUGCCAGAUGGCCCAGCAAGGCCCCAGCCCCUGUGAGCACGGUGGCUCCUGCCUCAACACCCCCGGCUCCUUCAACUGCCUCUGUCCGCCUGGCUACACGGGCUCGCGCUGCGAGGCGGACCACAACGAGUGCCUGUCCCAGCCCUGCCACCCGGGCAGCACCUGCCUGGACCUGCUUGCCGCCUUCCACUGCCUCUGCCCGCCAGGUUUAGAAGGGCAGCUCUGUGAGGUGGAGACCAACGAGUGUGCCUCGGCUCCUUGCCUGAAUCACGCCGACUGCCAGGACCUGCUCAACGGCUUCCUGUGCAUCUGCCGGCCCGGAUACACAGGCACCUGGUGUGAGGAGGACGUGGACGAGUGUGGGAGCUCUCCCUGCACCAACGGCGGGCGGUGCCAGGACCAGCCAGGAGCCUUCCUCUGCGAGUGUCUCCCGGGCUUUGAAGGGCCACACUGUGAGCGAGAAGUGGACGAGUGUCUGAGUGGCCCGUGUCCCACUGGAGCCACCUGCCUUGAUCUCCCGGGAGCCUUCUCUUGCCUCUGCCCAUCCGGCCUCACAGGCCCGCUCUGCGAGGUGCCCCUGUGUGCACCCACCCUGUGCCAGCCCAAGCAGAAAUGCCAAGAACUGGACCACGAGGCCCACUGCCUCUGCCCCGACGGAAGCCCUGGCUGCACCCCUGCGGACAACUGCACCUGCCACCACGGACACUGCCUCAGGUCCUCGUGUGUGUGUGACGCGGGGUGGACCGGGCCGGAGUGCGAGGCAGAGCUGGGGGGCUGCAUCUCUGCACCCUGCGCCCACGGGGGUACCUGCCACCCUCAGCCCUCUGGCUACAACUGCAGCUGCCCAGCAGGCUACACAGGGCCCACCUGUCUCGAAGAGGUGACAGCCUGCCACUCGGAGCCCUGUCUCAACGGCGGCUCCUGCAGCCCCAGCCCUGGGGGCUACUCCUGCACCUGCCGCCCAAGCCACACAGGGCCCCAGUGUCAAACAGCCGUGGACCACUGCGCACCUGCCCCGUGCCUCAACGGGGGCACCUGUGUGAACAGGCCCGGCGCCUUCUCCUGCCUCUGUGCGGCCGGCUUCCAGGGCCCGCGCUGUGAGGGAGAGGUCCGCCCCAGCUGCGCAGACAGUCCCUGCAAGAACAGGGCGACCUGCCAAGAUGGCCCUCAAGGUCCCCGCUGCCUCUGCCCCCCUGGCUACACAGGAGGUAGCUGCCAGACGCCCGUGGACCCAUGUGAGCAGAAGCCCUGCCCACGCAACUCCCGCUGCCUCCGGAGCGGGCCCUCCUUCCAGUGCCUGUGCCUCCAGGGCUGGACCGGGGCUCUCUGCAGUGUCCCCCUGUCCCCCUGCCAGAAGGCUGCGCUGAGCCAAGGCGUAGAGGUCUCUGCCUUGUGCCAGAACGGGGGCCUCUGCAUCGACAGCGGCUCCUCCCACUUCUGCCACUGCCCGCCAGGGUUCCAAGGCAGCAUAUGCCAGGACAGUGUGCACCCCUGUGAGUCCAGGCCUUGCCAGAACGGGGCCACCUGCAUGGCCCAGCCCAAGGGGUAUCUCUGCCAGUGCGCCCCGGGCUACAGCGGACAGAACUGCUCAGAACUGAACGCUUGUCAGUCCCAGCCCUGUCACAACCAUGGAACCUGCACCCCCAAGCCCGGAGGCUUCCACUGCGCCUGCCCCCCAGGGUUUGUGGGGCUGCGCUGCGAGGGGGACGUGGAUGAGUGUCUGGACCGGCCCUGCCACCCCACCGGCACCGCAGCCUGCCGCUCGCUGGCCAACGCCUUCCACUGCGAGUGUCUGCCUGGACACACAGGCCAGAGGUGUGAGGUGCAGAUCGACCCCUGCCAGAGCCAGCCUUGCUCCCACGGAGGCUCCUGCGAGGUCACAGCAGGACCACCCCCGGGGUUCUCCUGCCGCUGCCCCAAGGGUUUUGAAGGCCCCACCUGCAGCCACAGGGCUCCUUCCUGCGGCCUCCACCACUGCCACCACGGAGGUCUCUGCCUGCCCUCCCCUAAGCCCGCCUCCCCACCCCGCUGUGCCUGCCUCGGCGGUUUCGGGGAUCCUGACUGCCUGACCCCACCAGCUUCUCAAGGCUGCGGCCCCCCGUCCCCCUGCCUGCACAACGGAAGCUGCUCAGAGACCCCUGGGUUGGGGGGCCCAGGCUUCCGGUGCUCCUGCCCCCCCGACUCUCCAGGGCCACGGUGCCAGAAGCCCGGAGCCAAGGGCUGUGAGGGCAGAGGUGGAGACGGGGCCUGCGACUCGGGCUGCAGUGGCCCGGGGGGAGACUGGGAUGGAGGAGACUGCUCCCUGGGGGUCCCGGACCCCUGGAAGGGCUGCCCCUCCCACUCCCAGUGCUGGCUUCUCUUCCGAGACGGGCAGUGCCACCCACAGUGUGACUCUGAAGAAUGCCUGUUUGACGGAUAUGACUGUGAGCCGCCCCCAACCUGCACGCCGGCCUAUGACCAGUACUGCCGAGACCACUUCCACAACGGGCACUGCGAGAAAGGCUGUGACACGGCGGAAUGUGGCUGGGACGGGGGAGACUGCAGGCCUGGCGGGGGCGACGCAGAGUGGGGGCCCUCCCUGGCCCUGCUGGUGGUGCUGAGCCCCCCGGCCCUGGACCGGCAGCUGCUUCACCUGGCCCGGGUGCUGUCCCUGGCUCUGAGGGUGGGGCUGUGGGUGAAGAAGGAUCCUGACGGCAGGGACAUGGUGUUCCCCUACCCAGGGGCCCGGGCUGAGGAGGAGCUGAUGGGGACUCGGGAGCCCGCUCAGCGGGAGAGAGCAGCCCCUCACCCCCAGCCCCCGGGCAAGGACACGGACUCGCUCAGCAGUGGGUUUGUGGUGGUGAUGGGCGUGGACCUGUCCCGCUGCGGCCCUGACCGCCCCGCAGCCCGCUGUCCCUGGGACCCCGGGCUCCUGCUCCGCUUCCUGGCUGCGAUGGCCGCAGUGGGGGCCCUGGAGCCCCUGCUGCCUGGCGCCCUGCUGGCUGCCCACCCUAGCACAGGCACGGCGCCCCCCGCCCACCAGCUGCCCUGGCUUGUGCUGUGCUCACCAGUGGCCGGGGUGCUGCUCCUGGCCCUCGCGGCUCUCCUGGUCCUGCAGCUCAUUCGCCGUCGGCGCCGAGAGCACGGGGCCCUCUGGCUGCCUCCGGGUUUCAUCCGAAGGCCUCGGACACAGCAGGCUCGCCACCGCCGGCGGCCGCCACUGGGCGAGGACAGCAUUGGCCUCAAGGCGCUGAAGCCAGAGGCCGAAGUGGAAGAGGAUGGAGUGGUUAUGUGCACAGGCCCCCAGGAGGGAGAGGAGGCUGAAGACACGGCCCCACAUCCCAAAUGCCAGCCCUGGCCACUGAGCAUCGGGUGCGGGGCGCUCCCCCAGGUAGCCAUGCUGACUCCGCCCCAGGAAUCGGAGCUGGAGGCCUCUGACGUGGACACCUUCGGACCUGAUGGGGUGACGCCCCUGAUGUCAGCAGUCUGCUGCGGGGGAGUGGAGCCUAGGACCUUCCAGGGGGCGUGGCUGGGAAGCCCUGAGCCCUGGGAACCUCUGCUGGAUGGAGGCGCCUGUCCCCAGGCUCACACAGUGGGCUCCGGGGAGACCCCCCUGCACCUGGCUGCCCGAUUCUCCCGGCCAACCGCUGCCCGCCGCCUCCUGGAGGCCGGAGCCAACCCCAACGAGCCAGACCAGGCAGGGCGCACCCCGCUGCACACUGCUGUUGCUGCCGACGCCCGGGAGGUCUGCCAGCUCCUGCUCAGCAGCCGACAGACUGCGGUGGACGCUCGCACAGAAGACGGGACCACACCCUUGAUCCUGGCCGCCAGGCUGGCGGUGGAAGACCUGGUCGAAGAACUCAUUUCAGCGCGUGCAGACGUGGGAGCCAGAGAUAAAUGGGGGAAAACCGCGCUGCACUGGGCCGCUGCCGUCAACAACACCCGGGCCGCCCGUUCCCUUCUACAAGCCGGAGCCGAUAAGGACGCCCAGGACAGCCGGGAGCAGACGCCGCUGUUCCUGGCGGCCCGGGAAGGCGCAGUGGAGGUGGCCCAGCUGCUGCUUAGACUGGGGGCGGCCCGCGGCCUGCGGGACCAAGCUGGGCUGGCGCCGGGGGACAUCGCCCGCCAGCGUAACCACUGGGAUCUGCUGACGCUGCUGGAAGGGGCGGAGCCGGCGGAGGCGCGUCACAAGUCGGCGCCGGGCCGCGAGGCCGGGGCCUUCCUCGCGCUGCCGCAGCCCGUCCGGGGGAGGAGCGCGGGGAGGCCCGCCCCGCGGCGGCCGGAGGUUGUCUACGGGCAUGCGCGGGCCUCGGCCCAUUCCUGCGUCCGUCAGGGAGAGAGCCAGGGCUCCUGCUGGCCGCGGGGACCUGGCCUCGGCGGAUGACUGGCCCUGCGACUGGGUGACCCUGGGAGCCUGCUGCCCCGCCGCCAGUAGUCCGAUCCCGCCCCCCUGUCUCACUCCUUCCCCGGAGCGGGGAUCCCCCCAAGUUGCCUGGGGUCUCCCUGCGCACCAUGUAAUGCCCCUAAACCUGGAAACGGAGGGUCAGAGAUAGGCUGCGUGGAAGGGACGAAUUCUAGAAAUGAUUGCCGAUUAAAUGACAAAUAUGGAAAGCCCUCCAGACUAAAAUCAAGCUGCAAAAGUGAGGGGGCCUGAGUUAAAUUUCCCUCCGGAAAUCGGUGUAUGCACACUGGAAAAGGUGUCCUCUUCCACUUAAAAAACUGCAGCUCUGGAAAGAGGGUUUAGGGUGCUGAGGAGACCCAGUUCCUCUCCUAGAAAACAGGGUAAGAGGUUAAGAGGCAAACGGGGUGAAGAGCACCCCUAAGGUGGAACCACGAGCUCCCUGGAUAGGAUCCAAGGUGUUCUCGGCCAUACAUGGUUCCCAAAGGGAGCCUCCAUCAUCCACCGCGGCCCACAGACGGCUGACAGAUACCUGAGCACUGUGUGCGAGGCACUGUGCGUGCUGGAGGGCGGCCAAAGGCCACUCCAGCUGAUGACGCCUUGCUCUUCCCCUGCCCCAGAAAGAAGCCACUGCGGGGACCAAGCACCAGUGUGCUGGCUAAUGCCAUCUCUUAUUUAAAGACUCCCCCACGUCUGUCACCUGUAAUAAAGUUGAUUUGAAGUGUUACCUUUCCUUUGGAGGGGGUGGGCAGUUGAAUGGGAAAACACUGUGAUAGUGACUGCA